GAAGGAAGAGAAAUGGGAGUGAGAACGUUGAGCCUUUCCUGGCAGUUCUUGAUAGUUCUGGUUUUGAUCCUGCAAAUCUUGUCCGCGUUGGAUUUUGACCCAUACAGAGUCCUAAGGGUCAGCCGCACAGCCAGCCAGGCUGAUAUUAAAAAGGCUUAUAAGAAGCUCGCCCGGGAAUGGCAUCCUGACAAAAAUAAAGAUCCAGGAGCAGAAGACAAGUUCAUUCAGAUUAGCAAGGCUUAUGAGAUUCUUUCCAAUGAAGAAAAGAGGUCAAACUUUGAUCGCUAUGGAGAUGCUGGUGAAAACCCUGGGUACCACCAGCCACAGCAGCCACAAAGUCACCACUUCCACCAUUUCCAUGACAGCUUUUACUUUGAUGAAUCCUUUUUUCACUUUCCGUUCCAUUCGGAGCGGCGAGACUCAUCUGAUGAGAAGUACCUGCUGCACUUUUCCCAUUAUGUUAAUGAAGUGGUCCCAGACAGCUUCAGAAAGCCCUACCUCAUCAAGAUAACCUCUGACUGGUGCUUCAGCUGUAUCCACAUUGAGCCUGUCUGGAAAGAAGUGGUGCAGGAACUAGAAGGAUUGGGUGUGGGAAUUGGUGUUGUUCAUGCUGGCUAUGAAAGACGGCUGGCCCAUCACCUAGGAGCCCACAGCACUCCCUCCAUCCUAGGAAUUAUAAAUGGGAAAAUCUCAUUCUUUCACAAUGCAGUUGUUCGAGAGAACCUUCGACAGUUUGUGGAGAGCCUCAUUCCAGGAAACUUGGUGGAGAAGGUCACCGAUAAAAAUUAUGUCCGUUUUCUCUCUGGUUGGCAGCAAGAGAAUAAGCCUCAUGUCCUUCUGUUUGACCACAUGCCACUGGCACCAUUGCUAUACAAGUUGACUGCUUUUGCCUACAAGGAUUAUUUGUCAUUUGGAUAUGUAUAUGUUGGCUUGAGAGGGACUCAAGAGAUGACAAGCCAGUACAAUGUCAACACCUACACUCCCACCAUGUUGGUCUUCAAAGAACAUAUAGACAAGCCAGCUGAUGUUGUACAGGCUCGAGGUUUGAAGAAACAGACCAUUGAAGACUUCAUCUCACAAAACAAGUACCUCCUAGCAGCCAGACUCACCAGCCAGAAGAUGUUCCAUGAGCUGUGCCCUGUAAAAAGAUCUCAUCGCCAGAGGAAGUACUGUGUGCUCUUACUGAUUCGGGAAGGAACAAAGUCAACUCCAGAUUUCGAAGCUUUCCUGUCUUUUGCUUUGGCAAAUAGCCAGGACACAGUGAGAUUUGUACAUGUCUAUAGCAACCGACAGCAGGAGUUUGCCAACACUUUGCUACCCAGCAGUGAAAUAUUUCAGGGGAAAUCUGCGGUCUCUAUCUUAGAAAGACGCAACACAGCCGGAAAGGUGGUGUACAAAACUCUAGAAGAUCCCUGGACUGGCAGUGAGAAGGAUAAAUUCAUUCUUCUGGGCUAUCUGGAUCAGCUACGAACAGAUCCUGCUCUUCUUUCCUCCGAGGCCAUCUUACUUGACCUAGUUGAUGAACUUGCUCCUGUAUUUUUCCUUCGAUGGAUCUACUCCACUUCUGAAUACUUAUCAGACUUCUGGGACAGUGUACUUCACAACAAUUGGCGGGAAAUGAUGCCCCUUCUAUCCCUGAUCUUCUCCGCUCUCUUCAUUCUUUUUGGAACAGUCAUUGUUCAGGCUUUCAGUGAUUCCAAUGAAGAGCGAGAGUCACGUCCUCCUGAGAAAGAAGUCAGUGAGAAGACUGAGAAAACUGAAACCUGCUUCAGCAAAGAAAACAACAGCAAGAUUCCCAAGAAGGGUUUUGUGGAAGUGACUGAGCUUACAGAUGUCACAUACAUGAGUAACCUAGUUCGGCUGAGGCCAGGCCACAUGAAUGUCGUCCUUAUUCUAUCUAACUCCACCAAGACCAGCCUGCUUCAGAAAUUUGCUUUGGAAGUAUACACAUUCACAGGGAGCAGCUGCCUUCACUUCUCCUUCCUGAGUCUUGAUAAACACCGAGAAUGGUUAGAAUAUCUAUUAGAGUUUGCCCAGGAUGCUGCUCCCAUCCCCAAUCAGUAUGAUAAGCAUUUCCUGGAGCGUGACUACACUGGCUACGUCCUGGCUUUGAAUGGACACAAGAAAUACUUUUGCCUCUUCAAGCCCCAGAAAACAGUAGAUGAUGAGGAAACCAUAGGUCCGUGUAGUGACCUUGACUCUUCCCUCCAUUUGGGUGAGACUCGAGGGAAACCUUUCUGUAAUCCUGGAUCCAAACCCAUCAAAGGCAAAUUAAGCAAGUUGUCCUUAUGGAUGGAACGCCUUUUGGAAGGUUCUUUACAGAGAUUCUAUAUCCCAUCGUGGCCUGAACUAGACUGAGAAGAUUUUUUUUUAAAUUGAUUCAGACCCUCUGGACUUUGUAAGAAGAUAACCUAUGAUCAGUCCUUCCCAGGAAUCAGACCAUCACAACAGACAGACAGUAGGUUUUAGAUACUCUUCUAGGAUGGUGGCUAGGAGAAUCUUCCCUUUGUCUUGCUCUAACCUAGGAGUGAAAUAUACCACAAGUUGAAUUCUCUGUACCAAAAUAUUUGUUUGGGGUUUUUUUCCUUAUUUGGAUGCUGCACUAUUUCAAGCAGACCCCCUCUUCCUCUUGUGUCCUCACCACCCUCCCACACUGUGUCCUGGCUCUUCCCUGGAGAGACUGAGAUUUGGAGAGGACUGAACCUUACAAAGCUUGUGGGCAGCGGCGAUCAUCCGCUCCUCUCCUGUUCCUCAUCCCUCUCCUGCCUUGGCACCUGCAAUAAUCCUGGGGUGGGGGUGGCCAGGAGGGCAUUUGGGGGCAUCCCCCUUUAGCUGGCUGUGACCCUCUGCAUGAGCAGAGGCCCUGCACGUGCAUUUACUUUCCUUUCCAGGGGAAGGGAAGAACAAAAGUGUCUGAGAAUGUUUAGUUCCGUGUUCUUGUGGUCGUCGUGGCCUAUGCAUAUGGACAAGCCUCACCUGCUGAGCCGGUAGCCAAGGCGAGGGCGGACACUGAGGGAGCACUGCGACCACUUUGAGCCAUUGCAAUGUCUGUUGUUUUCAGAUGCCUUUCUGUCUCAGUCAGUCUUAGGGCACUCUCUUUCAUUAGGAGCCAUAAUCUUUGGUUGUGUUCUCAGACAGGGGGACAAGCUGCCAUGAGCCAGUAGAUACAGAGAACCCAGGUCAAGCACUGCUGCCUUCUAGCAAGUCAGGCCGAAGGAAUCUUUUCAAGCCCCAGGCACAGCUUUAGUACAACAGACAUCUCUUUAUAUCCAGGAAAUAAAUGUUUGUCAGUCAUUUUGGUUUUGGGCUGUUCCCCCAUAGUGCUGUUCCCAGUGGGACAGACAGACGUCUCUAGUUGUAGCAGUUCAUUUAGACAUGCUGGGUUUAGCCUUGGCCUCCUCUGAUGGAUCAUCUCAGCUGUUUUCCAUAUUAACUUACAAUCACCCUCAGCAGCUUCAGAGUCAAACCGAAAUCACCAGCUGUUUCAGCUCGCUGUUGGCUCCAAAUGAGACAUUGCCAGCCCUUUGAAGCUGACCCCUUCUCCAAGGACAGAGCUGCCAAUAGAGGCAAAGGACUGACUGCUUUCUAAACUGUCCACAGAAGCUACUCUUUUCUAAAGCAGGGAGCAGAAAUCGGGGACAGAACUCUUAGGAAAAUGAUGUGGAUUUUUUGAAUUACAAUUGCUUUAGACUAAAUCAUUUGAUUGCAAAAUAACCCAGAAAUAGUUACAUCAUGAAAGCCUAUAGGAAAGUGGUGAAUGAUUUAAACCAAGAUUCUUUGAAUAUUAGCCAUGAAGGGGUGGGGGCUAGCAGUGGGUGGGGGAUUCUGCCAGGCUUUACUGUCUCUUUAGUCCUCCAAAAAAAUGCUUGGGUAACCUGGCAGCCCAUUUCUUGGACCCUGUCACCCAAGUCAUAACUAGAACACUGGAAACAGUUGAGUCAGCAUUUGGACUCUGCUAAAGCAAUGCUCAGCUUUGUUCAUGGGCCUGGCGCACAGGAUGACCAGCUUGCUCAUUCACCUGGAUUUCUAGUGCAAACCUGGAUUUUUGUUUUUAAUGUCUGUUCGCAUGGGCUUCCUUACCUUAGGUUCUGAAAACCAAAAACCUCUUUCUAAACUUGCUGCUUCUUUUUUUGCACUUCGCCUUGUGUAAACAACACAAGCCCAGGGUCUGGUUGGACUUUCAGCCCCCUCCUGCUAACAUGAAGCCAACUGUGUUGGCACUGGAGCCACUACUGAGGAAGGCCCUUGGGGGAGAGGGGUUUUUGUCAAGUUAAAAGAAAAAUUUUAAAGUAGGGGCCUGGCAAAUGAUUUUUGAGGCCCCUCCCAGCUUGAUGCUCUGUGGUCUAAGAUCUGUCAGAACAGUCCUACCAUUCUAUGGUUAUGGUUUUGUGAUUCCUUUUGUACAGAAUGGAUUCUGCUUUUCUCUUUUCAAACCAAACCCCUCGAUAAUCGAAGCCUUUACUCCAAAGAGGAGAUUCAGCUGAUACUAUUUGCCCUUAUUUUUGGAGGCGCCUGCAAUCGAAUUGUUCAUUCAAACCAGCUUUCUCAUUUGAGGUGAAUUUUGACAUAUGACCGGGUUGAUAAGAAGCAACUUAUCAAGUUGAGUUCUUUCUUCCUCAUCGAUAAGGACUCUGUGUGUAAGUACAUUCACAACUAAGAACGAUACAGACAGAUAGGACUACUGAGCCAAAAUGAGUCUGUGCAGAGCAUUGCUUCUUUUCAAAAGGAAAUGCUAAUUUCUACUGGCCACACACAGCUUCAGAGCUGUGUACCUCAUUGGAGCAAUAAUAGCCUGACCCCAGCUCCCACGUCAUCAUGAAACUUCACGGAAUCUCCCCGUCACCGCCGCUGCUCCCAUGGGAGAAAGUGUCCCAUGGCAGCAGCAGCCUCUGCCUCAUCACCUCCCCUCUCUGAUGCUGUCUGGACCCAUCCACCUCUGCCACAGCCAAAAAGCAAUCAACUCCAGGGUGUCAGAAUUAGGGAUGGGGUACACACAGAGAUCCUCUUUUUUUUCUCAUUUUCUUUUUUAUUUAUUUAGUAAAAAUUCUUAGAAACUGAAACAAAGCAUCUUUGCAACAAAGGGAACUGUAGCUGACAGCCAAACCCUGAUGUAUUCUUCCUUGAGAGCUGGCUGACUGUGCUCCAGGCAGCAGCAUCGCAUAGGUGUGGGCAGGCCAGCAGGCUCUCAGUUCAACCCAAGUCUGUAGAGGGGGUGAUCGUACGUGGGAGAGAGGUCUGAAAAGAAGGUGAACGUUUUGCACUUUUGAUACUUUUAGCAACAAAUAACUUAUUUAGCAAAUUGUCUUUUUUUAUGUUUGUUUUUUGUAUUGUGAACGGGCAUUGAUGUCGAUGUUAUUUUUGUUUUAAGACUUACAGACUGGAAACUGAAAUAAACUAUUUUAAUGUGUGA